GAUGUUCCAGCUGAACUCUCCGAUGAACUCGGUCAGCAGUACGGAGGACAUUAAGCCCCCGCUGGGCCUCAACGGUGUGAUGAAGGUGCCCGCCCAGCCCUCAGGCACAGCCCUGUCGCUCACAAAACACAUCUGCGCCAUCUGUGGUGACCGCUCCUCAGGUAAACACUAUGGGGUAUACAGCUGUGAGGGCUGCAAAGGUUUUUUCAAAAGGACGGUGCGCAAAGACCUGACCUACACCUGUCGUGAUAACAAGGACUGUGUCAUCGAUAAACGCCAGAGGAACCGCUGCCAAUACUGUCGCUACCAGAAGUGUUUAGCCAUGGGCAUGAAGAGAGAAGCCGUUCAGGAGGAGCGCCAGCGAGCCAAGGACAAAAAUGAGAACGAGGUGGAGUCCACCAGCUGCGCCAACGAGGACAUGCCCGUGGAGAAGAUCCUGGAAGCCGAGCAGGCGGUGGAACCCAAAACGGAGACCUACAUCGAGACCAACCUUGGUGUGCCAUCAAACUCGCCCAACGAUCCGGUGACAAAUAUCUGUCAGGCGGCUGACAAACAACUCUUCACCCUGGUGGAGUGGGCCAAGAGGAUCCCCCACUUCUCUGAGCUGCCGUUGGACGACCAGGUCAUCCUUCUACGAGCAGGUUGGAAUGAGCUCCUCAUUGCAUCAUUUUCGCACCGUUCGAUAGCGGUUAAAGACGGGAUUCUGUUGGCAACCGGGCUGCAUGUACACCGCAACAGCGCUCAUAGUGCCGGAGUGGGAGCCAUCUUUGACAGAGUGCUCACAGAACUGGUGUCUAAGAUGAGGGACAUGCAGAUGGAUAAGACAGAACUGGGGUGCCUUCGAGCUAUAGUCCUUUUCAACCCAGACUCAAAAGGUCUGUCCAACCCAGGUGAGGUAGAAGCCCUAAGAGAAAAAGUCUAUGCGUCUUUAGAGGCCUACUGCAAACAGAAAUACCCAGAGCAGCCUGGCAGGUUUGCCAAGCUGUUGCUGCGGUUACCAGCGCUGCGCUCGAUCGGCCUCAAGUGUCUGGAGCACUUGUUCUUCUUUAAGCUCAUCGGCGACACGCCCAUCGACACCUUCCUCAUGGAGAUGCUAGAGGCUCCACAUCAAAUGACAUAAUAGCAUAAGGGGGUUGAGCCCUCGCCCUGCCCUUUCCUCCUCCCUCCCUCCCUCCUCCUCCUACAUCUCCCACCAGCCAUGGAUCAGGAGCAGGGUCCUUUUUUAAAAUCCUGUCUCCAGCAAGGGACAGAUCACGUGACGAUUUUGGACGGAGAACCUCUCCCUUCCUCCCUCCCCUCUCUCCUCGGCUCCCUUUUGAUGUGUUUCGAAACAAUGAAAUCAUCAUGUCUGUGGGUCUGUUUUAUACCUUGUAAAAAUAUAUAAAUAAGAAAUAUAUAUAUGAAAAUCACACGACAACACGAGUGACGACAACAGUGGACUGAACUGAGGAAGGACAGAGGACAAAAGAAACGUAUUGAGCCAUCGUUUUCAUCUUUGCUGUUCCUACACCUUGACGAGAAAAAGCAGAGAUGAUCAGGUUUUAAACACCCACGGUUAUGCUUCCAGGUAUAUUAAAAAAAAAAAAAAACGGUGAUGAUGUCAUAUUUGGACACUCAGCGUUGUGAUCGGGACAAUCGUGGACUCGGAGAGCCUCAGGCUGUCUAGACUUGGACCUGAGCCUUCUCCGUCUUUCAGGACUGAACUUACUUUGGGGAGGGACGAUGGGGGAAGAUGUCUGCUUAAAGGAACUCAUCUGUUCCUGCCUGACUCGACUGAACACAUCAGGUCUUGCACUAGCUGUUUUUUGAAGUGUGAGCUUUCUGGAGUAGUAGAACUAGGAGGUAGGUUAACAAGACUGGAAGUGUUCAAAAACCUCAGGUCUCUGCCCAAUUCCAACAAAUACAACCAUGUCUUACUCUAUUAGCACUGUGCAACAUCGGGGAGGACGACCUGUUAGUCCACUAAUCAGCCCUUCAGUUAACGUAUUGAUCAAGAAAGAGAUGCUUGAGAGUUUGUUAUGUACAAUCUGCGCUGUUCUUUUCUGCACAUAGGAAAAACGCUGGCUGUUGUAAAUUAGCCUCACGCUAGCUUUAGGCUACAUGAGCAUCACUGGAUGCUCUGAAAGGCAACCAGCAGGCGCAGCAGCUUGGAACAACUUUUGUCAUCCUCUUUUAAACAUUUGGCCUUCAUCGGAAGCUUUCAAGAGAUCACAUCGAACUCGGAUGGCUGGAAAGUGAGCGCUCGUUCUCAUCUGUGGGGGGGAUGUUGUUGUUUCGUCAGCCCCUGAGCUCCUUUCCGUCCCACGUCCAACCUCCCCACUCGUCAUUUCAUGUGAAUUUGAGCACACCAUUUACACCUCCACAAUCCCCUCUGCUCAAAGCGGCGGGUAUUAGCUUUUCAAAACACCUCAUAUCUACCUGUACAGAAAGUUACAACCGCAUACAGUAUUGACGCUAUUUUCAGUUUUCAUUUUAACAACAGCAAUGCACAAUUACCUCUGUUUCCAUCCCUCAGACCUUCAGUUCCUGACACUCAUUUAAACAUUUACAGAAUGCGGGAGAAGUGCGUGUUGUUGCAGCAGAGCCAUUAUUUUGUUUAUUUGUUUGUUACUUGGCACUUAACCUCAUGACAGUGGAGUCGGGUUCCUAAACGGAGAGCUGAUGUUGAUAUAAUCGACCUCUGAGGUGGAAUUUGGCCCCGGCCCAAUCAGGCACGCCCCAAUUGUUGUCCUCCUCAGAGGGUCACGCACACUCGCUCUCUCUGCACUUCUCUGGACAACCAAGUGUCACUCAAGUUGAAAUGUUAAAUGUCUCCAUGUUAUGUAUAAACAUGCUUUAU